CUACCCUUCGUCUACAGAAUUGUGUCGGCACUAAAAUUGAAAGGCAUUGAAUAUGAAUUUGUAGAAGAAGAUCUCUUCAACAAGAGUCCAUUGCUUCUGCAAUCCAACCCAAUCUACAAGAUGGUUCCAGUGCUCAUCCAUGGUGGAAAACCCAUCUCCGAAUCACUUAUCAUUCUUGAGUACAUAGAUGAAACAUGGAAAAACAAUCCUAUCUUUCCCAAACAUCCUCAAGAAAGAGCUUAUGCACAUUUUUGGGCUAAAUUUGUAGAUGAAAAGUUCAAUCAAGCUUCAAAAAAGGCAUUUUUUUCAAGUGGAGAAGAUCAAACAAAGGGAGUUGAAUCGAUGGAGGAGGCAUUGCGAUUUCUUGAAGGAGAGAUAGCUAGGAAGAAGUUCUUCGGAGGAAAAGAUAGCACAGGGUUUCUUGAUAUUGUUGUUGGCUGGAUUGCACACUGGUUCCAGUUUGUGGAAGAAGUAGGUCGUUUCAAGGUAAUGGACAAAGUGAAAUUUCCUGCAUUUGAUGCAUGGAUCGAGAACUUUCUAGACGUUCCAGUUAUCAAGGAGAACCUUCCAUCGAGCAAAGAUCUGUGCGGCGCCUUCCAAGGGUUCAAACAGAUGGAGCUUGCCAUAGCAGAUGAUAGAGGUUAGGAAACAACCAGACCAUUAUUUUGCAUGGCUUUUCUGUCUGAAACUUCAAUGCAGUAUUUU